UUCAUACAACACUCAUGAAAACGUGGAACUGCUGAGAUCAGCGAAAUCUGUUCCAGCCCACCUGCCAAGGCCGAUACAAGUAACCAGAAUAUGAGUCUUCAGUCAGACUCCCUCCCUGUACCCUGCAGCCAAAUGAGGAGCCGGGUCCUCAGCCAGAGCAUCUACCCCCAGCUAUUGGAUUCAGUAUUAUACUUGCAGCAGACCACAGAGGAGCUAUUCCUGCAGCUGAUGGACAGGCACUUUCAACAGGACCUGGUGCCGGAAGAGCAGAGAUUGAGCUCAGAGCAGAGGCCCGAUGAGGCAGCCUGCAAAAGGGAAGCCCUCCUGAGCCUUUUAAUAAACCAGAUGGUCAAAUUCCUGCAGUCUGAGGCCAGGGAUAGCCUGGGAAUCCAAUUGCCUAGCCCCUCCCUGGACUCUAGGGAUGAUGUCGGGUGGAUAGAAGGCCCAAGUGCCCAGGCAGCUGCUUCUCCAAUGAGUGAUUCUGAAACAGCCUAUUUCAGCCAUGACCUCUCCACCCAUGGGGUUGACAUCUCUGCUUUAUGCCGCUUCGGCUUUCGGGACUACCAGGCCUACCAAGGAGACAAAUUCCAUGAGGACAAGAACCCCUUGGGCUUCAUUAACCUGAGUAUCAGUGAGAACAAGCUCUGCACAGAUCUGAUGACUGCAAGGUUGAGUCAGAGUGACAUGAACUACAUUGAGGACUCCCUACUGCAAUAUCCCGAUUUGAAAGGACAACCAUUCCUACGAGAAGCAGUGGCCCAGUUCCUGACCUACUACUGCAAGGCACCUACCCACCUUAAUCCAGAAAAUGUGGUCAUUCUAAAUGGCUGCUCCUCUGUCUUCUCUGCACUGGCCAUGGUCCUGUGUGAUCCAGGUGAAGCCUUUCUGAUCCCUACCCCCUUCUACGGUGGCUUCAUCUUUACCUCCCGACUGUAUGCGAAAGUUGAGCUGGUUUUUGUCCACCUGGACAGUGAGAUCACUGAUGCAAACACCCAUCCUUUCCAGCUCACCAUGGACAAGUUGGAGCAAGGCCUGCGUGAGGCUAGGCUCAAGGGGAAAAAAGUCAGAGGCCUUGUGCUAAUCAACCCUCAGAAUCCUCCGGGUGACAUCUGCUCCCAAGACGCACUGAAGGAAUACCUGAAAUUUGCCAAGAGGUAUAAACUACAUGUGAUUAUAGACGAGAUUUACAUGCUGUCUGUGUUUGAUGAAUCCACCAAAUUCCACAGCGUCCUGGAUAUGAAAAGUUUGCCUGACUCCAAGAGGACCCAUGUGAUCUGGGGCACCAGUAAGGAUUUUGGCAUCUCUGGCUUCUGCUUUGGCAUCCUGUACACCCGCAGCAAAGAGGUGGCCUUUGCCGUGAGCUCUUUUGGCUCCCUUCACGGCAUCUCUGGCAUCACCCAGCACAAGCUGUGUUGGCUGCUCCAGGAUACAGAAUGGAUUGACGAAGUAUACCUGCCCGCUAAUCGCUCCCGGCUCCAGGCAGCUCACAAGUACAUCACAGACAACCUGAACACUCUGGAGAUCCCCUUUCUCAACCAUGGCUCUGGCCUCUGUGUCUGGUUCAACUUGAAAAAGUACCUGAACACGUGUAUUGAGGAAGAGCUGCUCCUCCAUAACCACUUCCUGGAUAACAAGCUGAUGAUAUCCUGUGGCAAGAGCUUCAUGUGUAAGGAGCCUGGCUGGUUCCGCCUCAUCUUUGCAGAUAAGCCUGACCGGCUAAAACUGGCCAUGCACCGGUUCCAUAAGGCACUAGAGGAGAGGAAGCAGUUGUUGAUAGAGCGGCUCCAGGUGGAUGCACAGAGGGGGUAGGCUGUCUGCCUCCCAACCAGCCACGUGCUAAAGGAGCUCCUCCUGUCAGCAGCUGAUCCUGAAGGCUGAGAUGUUGAAUUGCUGCCACGAUUGAACAAACAGUGGGCUCCUCCAGGAAUGUCUCAUCUGGCCCAGUUGUCGAUUUGCUUGAGUUGAGCAUCUGUCAUUUUUGGAAGCUUGGCAUAAUUGCUAGCCAUUGUGUAUGUGC